CUGAUGCCGUGUGCCACGGUUGGUAACCGUGCCGUCGUUUCUGUUGACGCGCUGUGGCGCGGCGCGCUCGGGCUUUCAAGUUGUCCGAAGUCUUCUCGUCUGAAUCGUGCAGCGAAGUGACGUUAGGUGGUUUCGUGCCUAGAAGUGCUCCGUUGUCCCAUGAUGCCGUCUCGAAGGGGCCCCAUGAUCGACGACCAACUCAUCCUGCCGGCGAGGCCUCCGGCCGCCAAGCGAUGUCCCGUCUGCAAAGCAUUCGGCUCCGAGCGGAUGCAGCACGCCAGCCAGUGUCCCCUGGAACCCGUGUACUGCGAGAACAAGUGCGGCGCCAAGGUGUCCCGGCGGCUGCUCCAGGAGCACCGCACGAACGACUGCACCAAGCGGCUCGUGCCUUGCCCCUACUGCCGCAAGGAGUUCGUCUUCGACACGCUCAAGAACCACAUUCCCAAGUGCCCGCGGUACCUGGUACAGUGCCACCAAUGCGAGACGACAAAGAUCCCGCGCGAAGAUUUGGAGCACCAUCUGAAGGAGUUCUGCCCUGCCGCGGCUGUGGGUUGCGUUUUUAAGGAUCUGGGAUGCAAGUUCAAGGGUUCGCAGUUUGCGCUGGACCAACACCUGGAGGAGAGCAGCAAGAGCCACCUGGGCUUGCUGUGUGGCAUCGUGUCGCGGCAGCAGCAGCAGAUCUCGGCUCUGCGCACCGCGCUGCACGGCCUCGUCGCCAACACGACGGGCACGCUUCUCUGGAAGAUCUCGGACUACUCGCACAAGAUGGCCGAGGCCAAGGCCCAGGAGGGUGGCCUGGAGAUAUGCAGCCCGCCUUUCAGCACCAGCCCGUACGGCUACCGGCUCAUGGCCACGCUGUUCCUGAACGGCAACGGCUCCGGCGAGUCGACGCACCUCUCGGUCUACAUCAAGCUGCUGCCGGGCGAGUACGACUCACUGCUGCCGUGGCCCUUCGCGCACACGGUGUCAUUCGCGCUCCUGGACCAGCCGUCGACUCCCGAGAAAGCGUGCCACAUCGUCGAGAGCUUCGUGCCGGACCCGACGUGGAAGAACUUCCAGCGGCCCAGUCGGGAGCCAGACGCGCUCGGGUUCGGCUUCCCGCGCUUCGUGUCGCACGAGAUGCUCAAGAAGUGCCACUACGUGCGCGACAACACCAUCUUCAUCAAGGUCACCGUGGACGAGAGCAAGAUUAUCGCCGUGUGAUAGCUGACUGCCCGGAGGAAAUGACCGUUUUCGAUGUACUGGCGGUGGCAUUCUUUCAAGUGCUCAUCAAUGGCACUAAAAUGUCGUGGUGAUUGGACGAAUUUUAAGGCUCAAAUAUUCCCUGCAAGAAAAGACUCAUCUUGUUGCCAGGGCCAGUUGGCCACAUAAAUUUCUGGGACGCGAGUUCCACAACAGUGCGGACUCCUGCAGUCUUAAAUUGAGCGGCUCUCAUUGACUGAUCAUUUAGUAGAUUGCAAAACUUCAAAACUGAAAACCUCGAAUUCAAAACUUGGGAGCAUGUUUUGGAAAAUUAUGUGGAUGGCUCUACAGAAAUUUGCUGUCUGGUAACACUCUGGUACCAGAUGUAUUUGCUCUUUAAUCUACAAUAAGUCGUUCGGGGCCUCCCGUAACUGUGAAAUUUAUACCGGGUCAACAGAACUGUUGAGAGUGCUGCUAAAUCUGGAGCAGAGAGUUGACAAACUUGAGGGCAACUGUCUCUCCGUGCAAAGGUGGCUUACAACGAAUCUUUUCUGUCAUCGCAAUACUGUGUGGAACCAACAUAAACAGACUGCAACGAGAGCCACACAGAGGUGCAUUAUGAUGAUGUGCGCCAGUUCAAGUCACUGAAACAUCAUGCCACUCCUCAGGCCAUUGCAAUUACACAUUUUAAGAAAGCUUUCUUCACAGAAUCAAUUUGAAUACACACAUCAAGUGCAAAUAUUGCCCUUGCAGCCUGCCUCUUCCAAAGGAAACAUGAUUACAAUGACACACAAUCAGCAGUACACGCAUAGACCAUUCCAGUCAUGCUUCGCAAGCUGCAGUGCACAUUUUUACAGCAUUGCUUGCAAUAAUAGGUGCGUACUGUACAUGUGGAACGCUGGGACCAAUACGCAAGUGACCUAACAGGCCCAAGACGUUGCUUUGCACUUGAAUACUGCAUAAGAGCAUCGAACUUCCAUGACAUGGCUUUCUUAGGGGUGAAGCAAAAUGUUACACAUGCACAGAAAUGCGCACGAAUAAACGACGGAAAAGGCAUUGUAGGACAAUGCAAACUGCCGCAGCUUUAUACCUGCUACACAAGACAUCUCAGGAAAAUCUUUCGUGGGCAUAGAAAUGCCAUCAUCGAACUUUUCUAGUGGGCUUUGGGAAUUAAACUUUUAUUUCUACCAUGGUAAUAUUUCCACUAUAACGGAGGCAUACCACAAUACUUGCGAAUUUUGGAGCACCUUUUCGAAUCUAGUAACACAUUUCUCUUUCCUACUAAGGAAUUACAGCCAUCGAUGGUACACAUUUAUACUUGGAACCUGCAACAGCUAGGUAUCAGAUACAAUGACACCGUUGAAACCAGUUGAGUCUAUAGCUAAUUAAUAGCAUGAAUUGUCCAAGUAUGGCAUCUGCAAGUUUUCAUCUAUUACAAACUGGUUCUCGUUUGUUUCUCUAUCUUGUGGUCAAGUAACAAGUAUUUAUUUUCUUAUUAACUUGAGUAAUUUCUUCCUAUUGGAGCAAUUUCCAAACGCUUUCGAGGCCAAAGCUUUCCUUUUAAACAGUUUUUACCCCCCCCCCCCAUAUAGCUUUAUGUCUGUCGCACUAUUUUCUGACAUGCUUUGUAUACUUUGUGUAUUUAUGAUAGCGUAUAUAUCUUUUAAUAUAAUGCUCAGUCUUUUUUGUUUUUUUAUUGUAUAUAAAAAGAAAUCUAUACUACACAUGUAUGCCUUAUAGAUGUGCAUUUGUUUACAACGAAGCUUGUAUGAAAACAUUAUUUGUACGCUCCUAGUCACAUGUUGUCCACCACGCUCAUCCUCAUCGUCUGUAGAUUUGUAGUCAUAUUGAAAGUAUGCACGUGCCUUCAUUGUUCCAGCUUCAAUAAAGACAUUGGAUAUACUGAA